CGGGGACCUCGCCUCACUAUUAUGCUGUCAAGGCCCCAGGUGAGCGCUGCCUCCUCGGCGCCCGCCGCCUUCGCUGGCAGUUGAGGGAGCGGGGGGGGGGCGACUCCCCUCCGCCUGUGGGGGGCCGUUGGGCCGCCAUGUUCUGCUACUCCGAGGGACUGCUGGCCGCCUUCUCGACGGUGCUGCUGGCCGCGCUGGUGCUGAGCCGGAGCGCCGUGCUCUCGUGCCUGCUGACUGCGGGCCUCUACCUGGUGCUGCGCCUCUUCAGCCUCGAGCCGGCGCCGGUCCAGCGAGCCCAGCUGGUCAUCCAGCCCCGCGGGAACCCGGCGCGCAUCGCGCACCGCGGCGGCGGACACGACGCGCCCGAGAAUACGCUGGCCGCCAUCAGACAGGCAGCUGAGAAUGGAGCAACAGGGGUGGAAAUUGACCUUGGAUUCACUGCUGAUGGCAUUCCUGUCCUGAUGCAUGACGACACUGUAGACAGGACCACUGAUGGGUCUGGAGACUUAAACAGCUUGACGUUUGCUGAUAUCAGAAAAUUUAAUCCAGCUGCUAAACAUAGAUUAUGGAGGGAUUACCGUGGAGAAAAAAUACCAACUUUGAAAGAAGCUGUUUUGGAAAGUAUGCAUUACGAUCUCACGAUCUACUUUGAUGUCAAGGGUGAUGCAGACAAGGCAGUUGCAGCCCUAAAACCCCUGUACUUGGAAUAUCCUCGGCUGUACAACACUAGCAUCGUUUGCUCUUUUAUGCCGGAUGUUGUCUAUAAGAUGAAGCAAGCUGAUAGGAAUGUUUUAACAGCUCUAACCCACCGACCAUGGAGCUUUAGUCACUUAGGAGAUGGGAAGCCUCGCUACACUUCCUGUUUGAAACAUUAUUUCAUGAUGAUGCUGGAUGUCAUUAUGGACUGGAGCAUGCACAACUUCCUGUGGCACUUCUGUGGGGUUUCCGCUUUUCUGGUGCAGAAAAAUUUCGUUUCACAGGAAUAUGUGAGGCAGUGGUCUUCCAAAGGAAUUCAAGUUGUGGCUUGGACAGUCAACACAUUUGCUGAAAAAAUGUACUAUGAAAAUGUUCUCCAGGCCAGCUACAUCACCGACAGCUUAGUGGAGGACUGUGACCCUCACUUCUAGUGUUCAGCCUUUGCUGGAUUCUUUUUGGUUUGCUUCUUUAAAGCAAACUGAAGUUUGUCAGCAGUGGAACUUCAAGGAUUCAUAUUGAUUUUCUUGGGACUGAAUUAUCACAAUGCAAAGUGGAUCCAAAUGUUUCUUUUCAUCAUGCUGGAUGGAGUCUUAACAUUACAAUCAAUUUUAAUCCUAGCAAGAAGAGUCUAGAUAAGAGAGGGCUGUGCAGCCCUUUAAAAAAAAUCAGGUUGGUUUAAUGCAGGUGUGAACUUUUUUUCUAAAUUAAGCUGCCUUUUUUUUUGGAAAUAAAUUGAUGCUAGGCCUUCACCAAUCACUGACAUGACUUGAAAUUAGCCUGUACUUAGAAUGAAAUAGUAGAGAGGGAGACAACUGCAUAUACCUCCUCGUUGUCUAGUCGAAAGACAAACUGGUUCCCCAAGGCGUGGACCAGAGAGCAAGAGAAAAUCAAAGCAUUUGGGGGGCUGGAAGAAAUUAGGCCAGGUACUGCAGGUUGUGGAACUGUCUUAUGGGUAAGUGGCUGGCUGGGUGAAACAGAAUCCUCCCUGGGGGAUAUGAAUAAGAGGCAUUAGCUGAAAAGCGAGACCUGGAAACAACAUGGAGCAACACCACAGCCAGGACUAGACUAUACAGUCAUACCUCAGGUUAUGUACGCUUCAGGUUGAGUACUUUCAAUUUAAGUACUCUGUGGACCCGUCUGGAACGGAUUAAUCCACUUUCCAUUACUUUCAAUGGGAAAGUUCGCUUCAGGUUAAGUACGCUUCAGGUUAAGUAUGGACUUCCAGAACCAAUUAAGUACUUAACCCGAGGUACCACUGUUUAUGGAUAAGCAGGAAGAGAUUUUGGGGGCUCAGUUUAGGUGCCAAUUUGAAUUCACAUUUGGCACUGCUUUUGAAGCAACAUGUUAAUUCUUACAAAUUAGGGUCUGCUCCUCUGACCAAGAUUCUUUGCAGGUUGUCCUUGCAUUUUGCUCUGAAAAUGCAUGAAGUACAACCUAUUCCAAAGUAAUAGCAUUCAGAAGAUCACUCAAGAACUUUGUGUCCAAACGAACACAAAGGAAAUGCCUUUACUAUGGAAGUUGCUCAUGGUAGGGAAACUAGAAACUACCUGACAAAGUAGAAGCAAAGAAAAUACGACCACUUGGGGAGAAUUGGAUGCUGAAAUCUAGUAGGGAUACAGAAGCACUUGAAGAAUUAGGAAUACUCUAGGAAGGGAAAAGGUUGCGCCUUAAACUCUGCAUACCAGCUUUUAACAGGAAGAAGCCAAGCACCACAAACAGUUGAGCAGCAACAACUCCUGUUGUAGAUGCAAUCCUGAUUCCAGCAGGCAGGCACUCCUCAAAAGUGCUUGAUUGCAAUUCACAUGAGUAGUUUGGCUGGAAGGAAUUAGCUAGGCCAGAUGGCAACUGAAGCAGCCAACCAUUGAUGUAGGGGAAAUAAGAGGGUCCUUGUCAAACAAUUUAAAAAUGUGCAGCUGCAAAGUCACAGCUAAAACAGGUUUCUGUUUUCCAAACUUACAACUUUUUUUUUUGCUGGUUAUGUAGCCAUUGUUUUCCAAAAAAGGUUGGAACUGCACAGAGAUGAAGUAAGAUAUAUGUAACCAGAUUUAACAUUUCACAGUGGUUACACAAUGCAUGUUAAUUAAAAAACAAACAGAGCUCUCAUUAUCAUUCUUUAUAAAUGCCUCUAAUCUCUGUAAAAAAAUGCUCUGAACAACACAGCAAAAAUAAAGCAUUUCAUAAAUAUUACAACAAAUAUUCACAGACCUGUACUUGGCAGUUAUUUAUCAGAAUAAUUUACACUAAUCCAGUAAGAAAGUUCCAUGAAAAAGGUGUUUAAUCUCACAUCUUUCCAUAUGUAGUCAAUCCUGUCCUGGACUCCACUGAUGAGCUGCAUCCUGUUUUAAUUAUGUUUCACAAUAUUUUCAAAAAAAUUACAAUAAAGCAAAAUUGCAACCAGUGAAAAAAUACAA